GGGAGACUCUUUAAGCUGUUUGCGAAGUUGGCCAUCGAGCAGUCGUCGAUCAGCUGGCGGCGAUGAACGUCACCGCGAAAUGCAUUCGCUGUUCCCCCGGCUCAUUUUGUAAGAGCUCCACUCCGCUGCCCACAAGUCCCCCUCCGGAGAAUCACCAAAUGCCAGCUGGCGCUGGUUAGUCGCUGCCUGGAACACACUCUCAAUGUAUCGGAAUAUACUCUGCCUGGCUCUGGGCCUCAUCAUCGGCAUCCGGCUGACUGACUUCUUUGAGUAUUUCCAGCUUACCAGAUCGGAUUUUGGGAGCACGCCGAUAACGCAGUUCGAUGAUGAGGCCACGCCCCAGCUCGCCACAGAGGAGGCCCUGGCCCGUUGGCUCCAUAACGAGACGCGGGUGCUGUGCAUGGUGCUGACCACGCCAAAGAAUCACCUCACGAGAGGCAGGAGGGUGAAGGGCACAUGGGGCAAGCGAUGCAAUAAGCUGAUCUUCAUCAGCACCCUAGAAGAUCGGGAACUGGGCGCCAUUGAUGUGGGCGUGCCCGAGGAACGAAAAAACUUAUACUUAAAGAUGAGAAUAGCCCUAGAUUAUGUGUACCAAAACUAUGGAGAGGAUUACGACUGGUUCCUCAAGGCAGAUGACGACACCUUUGUGAUAAUGGAAAACCUGCGGCUCCUGCUUUACCCAUAUGAUCCUGAGGCAGCUCUCUACUUUGGCCACAGAUUCCGAUCGUCCUUUCCGCAGGGCUACAUGUCCGGAGGUGCUGGCUACGUGAUGAGUCGGGAUGCACUGCGUCGGCUCAAUCUCUUUGCUUUCAACAACACCCACUUGUGUCCGAUUAACAACAUGUCCGAGGACAGGCAGAUCGGCUUCUGUCUGCAGAAUGUGGGCGUGGUGGCGGGGGACUCCCGAGAUGAGGAAGGACGUGACCGGUUUCUGCCCUUGUCUCUCAAGUCUAUGCUGCCCUCUUUUCCCACCGAUAACUGGCUACACAAAUUGACCUUCUAUGAACCUGCUAAUGAAACUGGCUCGACCUCAGGCAUUAGCUUUCACUAUGUCAAGAACUAUGAGUUCGAAAUGUACGAGUUUCUGCUUUACCGAUUACGGGUCUUUGGACAUCCUUUGUCCCAGAGAUCGCUGCCACCCAGGCUGGAACCCAAUCAAAUGCAGAACCAGCUUUACCACUGGUCUCUGGAAAACAGCACGAACCCUAACGCCUGGCUAACUUAGGAAGUAUUUACAACUAAUUAUAGAAGUAACAAGAGUUUAAUACAAGUAGUUAUAUGAGAAAGCAAUCCAAAAGGUGUUUAUUAUUGCCAAUUAACGAAGGAUAUGCUUAGUCAAAUAAAUCAACUUCCGCAAAACCAA